AACUCCUAAUGGAAAAUUUACAUUUCUUAAUGCAUUUCAACCAGAUGGAAUUCCAUCACUUGAUAUGAAUUUAUAUGAAGAAAAUAAAGAAAAUGAAAUUGUUAGUAGAGUUUAUCUUGUUAAAUAUUGCAAUAAUCAAUAUGUUGGAAUUAAGAAGGACAUGCUAUUUGUUAAUAGAAAUAAUCGUUAUUAUAUGAUGACAAGUCAUUUAACUGGUUGGGCUCCAAAUGCAGCUGAACUUUUUAUUAAUAAUCAUGAUAGUUUAGAUAAAGCUGAAUAG